UCCGGGGACAAGUGGACGCUGUGCUUCUGGUAUCCUUAGCUUGCAGAGUUGAGGGCUGUAGCUCCGUGCGGGAGUUGCUGCACUGCCACAGGGAUCAUGGUGUUCUACUUCACCAGCAGCAGUGUUAAUUCAUCUGCUUACACUGUUUACAUGGGAAAGGAUAAAUAUGAAAAUGAAGAUCUAGUAAAGUAUGGCUGGUCUGAAGAUAUUUGGUUUCAUGUGGACAAACUCUCUUCGGCUCAUGUAUACCUUCGAUUACAUAAGGGGGAGAAGAUAGAAGACAUUCCAAAGGAAGUGUUGAUGGACUGUGCACAUCUUGUGAAGGCCAAUAGCACUGAAGGCUGCAAGAUGAACAACAUCAAUGUGGUAUAUACACCGUGGUCUAACCUGAAGAAAACAGCUGACAUGGAUGUGGGACAGAUAGGCUUUCACAGGCAAAAGGAUGUUAAAAUUGUGACAGUGGAGAAGAAAGUGAAUGAGAUACUGAAUCGAUUAGAAAAGAUCAAAAUGGAGCGGUUCCCAGACCUAGCAGCAGAGAAAGAAUGCAGAGACUGUGAAGAGAGGAAUGAAAAAAAAGCCCAAAUUCAGGAAAUGAAAAAGAGAGAAAAAGAAGAAAUGAAGAAGAAGAGGGAAAUGGAUGAACUUAGAAGCUAUUCAUCAUUAAUGAAAGUUGAGAAUAUGUCUUCAAAUCAGGAUGGCAAUGAUUCAGAUGAAUUCAUGUGA